AAUUCUCCAUAAAUUAAAAUUCGGUGAAAAAGCGGCGACUUCUCCCUCUUUCCCUGCCUCGCCGCUCCACCACCGCCCGACCUCCGGCAACCUCUCCGGCGAAAUUCACGUGGUCUCUAGCUUUGUUUAUGGUUGAAUUUGAGAUUAUCCCCUUUUUUGCGGUGCAUUAUGUGAUAAACUGCACACAGAAGGACUACGAAGGCCUCUUCCAAGUUAUGUUGAGGUCAUUCAUUGAGUAGAAGCUCAGUUUGUUUUGCAGUUUACAAAUUCGUUGUUAUUUGAAAUGCCAAACGGUGUUUCCCAUCCCCUGCGUAUGGUAGCAUCAGUUGCUGUUUCGCUUCUUGGUGGAGUUUUCGCUGUUGGUUUUCUGUCCUCUUCAGUUUCCGAACGCUACACUUCAUUUAAAAAGAAAAAAUAUGGGCGGCCAUGUCGGAGCUGUAAAGCAGUUGGCUACUACGCGUGCAAGACGUGUAAAGGGUGUGGCACUAUAAAUUGGUCUCCACUCUAUGAUCCAAUCUUCAUAAACCCUUGUGUCUGUCCAACCUGUGAUGGAUUCAAGGUCCAACGCUGUCUUAACUGCUUGGGAUACGGCUCUGCAUAAGUUUUCAAUAUCACGGUGCUAGUAAGAUUGGGUCUUUUCAAUCUUGUUGAAAUGGAAUUCGCUGGUUUUGCUAAUCGGAAGCCACACUUACACCACGAGCUAGGAAUUCGUCGUGUUACCUUAGAAAUGUUUACAAAAUAGAUGCUUAGGCAAAUGUUCAUCUGAAACCAUGAAACAUGGCCGUUGUUAGUGAAGUUACAUAUGUUUUCAAAGAUGAACCAUUGUGGUUUUGCUGUGAUUUUUGGUUAUAAAUAUGUUCACAUUGAUGGUAAUAUGUAGCACUCCAAUAUUUGAGUAAAUGAUUAAUGUAUAGUCUGUAUUUUGGAACA